AUGUCUCCAACAUCAACAACAGUUGGUGCCAAUGCUCCCAAUGGACCUUUAACUGCACGACGCGCCGGAACUAAUUAUCGUUAUCGGACAGUCAAUGCUCAAUCAGAAGUCGAUGAAACCCUAUUCGGUGCACCGCAUCGAUUAGAAGCAGCUGCAAAAAUGAGAUCAGAACAAAAAUACAACAUGUCUCCAACAUCAACAACAGUUGGUGCCAAUGCUCCCAAUGGACCUUUAACUGCACGACGCGCCGGAACUAAUUAUCGUUAUCGGACAGUCAAUGCUCAAUCAGAAGUCGAUGAAACCCUAUUCGGUGCACCGCAUCGAUUAGAAGCAGCUGCAAAAAUGAGAUCAGAACGUCAACAAAACGAAGAGAAAUCCAAUGGAAACCUAAUCGCAAAACCAAUUCAUCCAGUUAAAAAGCAAUUCGUUAGACACAUUACAAAAGAUCUGAUUCGUGAUAUUAUUGUUCGAGAAGAACCAACAUCCAGUUCAAUUGUCAUCGAUAAUGGAACUUAUGAACGUUUAGCUCAUGCAGCUCGAAAUCGACCGAAGGAAGUUCGAGAAAAUGAUCUUCGAGAUUCAAAACGAUUUAGAGAAUCAGUCGAUGCAGAACUCGAUCGUCGAAAGAAAACAAUCCAAGAAUUUGAUCAACAACGAAGAAAAAAUGCUCCUUUAGAUGACAUUGAACAAGAAGCCAAAGAUGAAGCUGAAUACAUGUUAAAACGAGCCAACGACCUUCGACAAGAACAAGAAGAUGAAGUUAAACAUCUUAAUGAAUUAAUUCUCAAUGCAAAAUGCCACGCGAUACGCGAUGCACAAGUUUUAGAGAAACGACAAAUAAAAAAAGAAAUUGUCGAAGAAGAUAAACGUUUAGACAUGAUGAUGGAGAUUGAUCGUCUCAAUGCUUUGAAAAUUCAAGAAGAAAUCGAAAAACGACGACAUUUGCAAAACAAAUUAGGGGCAAGUUUGGUCUUGAAACAAAUCGAAGAACUCGAAAGAGAAAAACUCUUGAAAGAAGAAACUCGUGAGCAAGAAAAUGCAGCAAUGUUUGAAUACAUACAAAAAUUACAAGAGAAAGAUUUUGAAGAAUUUGCUAAACGAAAGGAAUCUCAACGGAAAUUAGCGAAUGAACUUUUAAAAGCCAAUCAUGAUAUUGAAGAACAACGAGCAUUU